AUAUUUCCAAUAAUAUUUUACUUUUACAUACAAAUAAUUAUAGAAAAUCUUCAAGUCAUUGCCGUGUUUGACCUCAAACGUGAUAUAGAGCAUCAUACAUACUUUUAGAGAGAGAAAGAGAGAAAAUCAUCUAGAGAGAGAGAUUGAUUUUUAUUUGGUACCUUGAUUUGGAAGAUGAGAGGUGUGAAUGAUACCAUGGUGACCAUUAACGCCGCCGCGACGGCGAUCCAGUCGGCGGAGAAUAGAGCAACUCAAUCUUCUUCAGUUCAGAAAAGAAGAUGGGGAAGAUGUUGGAACAUUUCAUGGUGUUUCGGAUCUCAAAAGCAAAGCAAAAGAAUUGGACACGCAGUUCUUGUUCCAGAGCCUAAUUCCUCAAGAACAGAACCUCCGACCACCACACACAUGUCACAACCAUCAUCAAUAGUCCUUCCGUUCAUUGCUCCUCCUUCAUCUCCGGCAUCCUUCCUCCAAUCAGAACCACCGUCUGCCACCCACUCCCCUGGCGGCUUCCUUUCCUUCACCUCUGUGUCCGCCAGCAUGUACUCACCUGGCGGCCCAGCCAACAUUUUUGCCAUUGGACCAUACGCACACGAAACCCAGCUGGUGUCACCGCCCGUUUUCUCCACUUACACCACCGAGCCAUCCACCGCGCCGUUCACACCGCCGCCGGAAUCCGUCCACCUGACCACCCCAUCCUCGCCGGAAGUUCCGUAUGCCCGGCUUCUCGGAUCUAGUAACCAAAACGAUGUUAUACCGUAUGAGUUUCAAUCUUAUCAGUUAUACCCCGGAAGCCCGAUGGGUAAUCUGAUAUCACCGAGCUCCGGAAUCUCAAAUUCCGGCAACUCGUCUCCGUUUCCGGACGGAGACUUUACUCGGGGCCCUGGCGGGCCCUACUUCCUUCAUGGCAAGGUUUAUCCUUGUCAAUGGGAAUCAAGACAGGGAUCCGAGGCUCUUACUCCGGAUCCCGUGGGUCCCAGGUCUCGCGAGGGUUUCCUGCUCACGAGUAUGGGACCAUCUUAUGGAACAAGAAACGAAGAUCAACAACAUUUAGUUGAUCAUAGGGUUUCGUUUGAGGUUACUCCGGAACAAGUUGUGAGAUGUGUGGAGAGGAGACGGUGUGCUGACGUGGCAAAUGGACGGGAUUCGCAUGGCGAUGACAUGGCAAAACAUCAGAGGCAUAGAUCAAAUACAACGCUUGGAUCUGUUAAAGAGUUCAACUUUGAUAGUACGGAUGGAGCCGAAUCGGAUUGGUGGACCAAUGAGAAAGUUCUUGGAAGGGAAAACGGGUCAAUCAAGAACUGGUCUUUCUUCCCGAUGAUGCAGCCAGGUGUCAGCUAAUGAUUGGACACCACCCGACAAGAAACCAAGAAACCAAGAAAUCAAGAAUCAAGAAUUAGAUAGUCAAUGACCCUUUUGGGGUUGGUGUUCCUACACAGAAAAGAACUCUUUUUUCUGCCUAAAAAGUGGCAUGGAAGUUGGAACUUUACUUUACCAUAUAUAUAUAUAUGUAAAAUAAAUAUGUUUUUUUUUUUUUUUUUUUUUUUUUUUUUUUGCGGGUAGUAGGGAAACUCGGCUCCGGUUCAAGAUUAAAACCUGUGAGCUCGGACAUGACUGUUGUAGCUCAUUGAGCAAACAUUGAUAACCUUCACAGUGAGUUUAGUCAUAUGAACAUGAUAAUUACAGAAAUGGUUUUCCUUCUAUUCAUGAUAUUUACUAAUUUCAUAUAUUAAUGUGACUUUGUUCGGUUUGAAAGUGGUUUGAAAGUUAUGAAUGUUUGAAGUCGUA